AUGGGACCUAAACGCCUUAAACAACUGGGGAACCUCCCUCUCAAACAGUUAGGGUUAUCAAGGGAUGGAACAGGAAAAAUUUAUUCGACGUCUGAACUUUACAGCGAUUCUAUCUUUUUGAUAACCCCAUUCUUGGACGCUAGAUUUGGUUUACGAUGGAUUAUGCAUUCGAAACUACCGACUGAAUUGAAGCUUCAAUUGUGCAAAAUGAUCAAACGCUCGGUAGCCAAUGCUGCUUUGCAGUCGCGGGGCGCGGGUCGACAAGAGCACAAUGACACAAUAGCCGAACCAUUGCCAAUUAACACGACCAACAGCAACAGUCCUGGUGUGAAAAGAAAGACUCUUUGGUGA